GUGGAAAGGAGAGAGAAAGGGUUUUGUUAUUUGAGAAGCGAAAGAGGCUAUACAUAUCGCAACGAGCGAGAGAGAGAGAGAGUUGGGGGUUUAAGUCAGGGGAACAGAUUCAACCGUUGGGCUGUAGAGAUUUUGAAAUCAGAAUAGCGGUUAAGAGUCUAAGAGAGAGUUCCCGCCAUGGUGGCUCAGCUGGAGAGCCAUCCCACUCUCGACCCUGUCCAGAAGGCCAAGACCCUCAUCUGUGCCCUCAACCUCAUCUCCCGCAACCUCCCUCUCCCUCCCGACGUAUUCAACGCCGUUUCCUCUAUCUACCAUGCCGAUGACCCACUCGAUCGCGCCGACGUCGAUACCCUCGAUGCUCCGUCCGACAAGGUUUCGGAUGGCCCUGGGAUCUCUGGUGGAGGAGAUUUGAUAAUAGACCUUGAUGAUGCACUGGUCAAGCAACGACCAAAUUGCACGUCAGGUAUUGAAUUGACAAAAUCAAGGGAAAAUCGUCUGCAGAGUCACAUUCAACAUCGAUUAACUCAACUUGAAGAGUUGCCUUCAACUAGAGGUGAGGACCUGCAGACAAAGUGCUUGCUCGAACUCUAUGGGCUAAAGCUAGUGGAAUUGCAAAGCAAGGUUCGUUCUGAUGUGAGCUCAGAGUAUUGGCUUCGCAUGAAUUGUGCAUAUCCCGACAAGCAAUUAUUUGAUUGGGGCAUGAUGCGACUGCGGCGUCCUCUAUAUGGAGUAGGAGAUGCUUUUGCAAUGGAAGCUGAUGAUCAAUUCAGGAAGAAACGAGAUGCUGAGAGGCUGUCGAGGUUAGAGGAGGAGGAAAAGAACCGUUUGGAAACUAGAAAAAGAAAAUUCUUCGCAGAAAUACUUAACGCUGUUCGUGAAUUUCAAUUGCAAGUUCAAGCUUCUUUGAAACGUCGUAAACAACGGAAUGAUGGUGUCCAGGCAUGGCAUGGAAGGCAAAGGCAACGUGCAACAAGGGCGGAGAAACUAAGGUUCCAAGCGUUGAAAGCUGAUGAUCAAGAAGCAUACAUGAGAAUGGUAAAGGAGAGCAAGAAUGAACGAUUAACAAUGCUUCUUAAAAAAACAAACGAUCUCCUUGUUGAUUUGGGAGCUGCUGUUCAACGUCAAAAAGGUGCAGAACAAUCAGAUGGCAUUGAGACACUGAAAAGCCCUGAACCUGAUUUGCCAGAUUUAUCAGCUUCCAAGAGUGAAACACCUGAUUUACUUCCUGAGGAAGAUGUAGAGAUACUUAACACAGAUCCUGGUCCCAAUGGUAAAACUGGUGAUUUACUUGAAGGUCAAAGGCAGUAUAAUUCAGUCAUUCAUUCAAUUCAGGAAAAGGUAACCGAGCAACCAGCUAUGCUUCAAGGUGGAGAAUUAAGACCAUACCAGUUAGAAGGGCUUCAAUGGAUGCUCUCUUUGUUCAAUAACAAUCUGAAUGGAAUUUUAGCUGAUGAGAUGGGGUUGGGGAAGACAAUUCAAACAAUUUCACUGAUUGCAUAUCUCGUGGAGAACAAAGGUGUAACUGGGCCCCAUUUGAUUGUGGCUCCAAAGGCUGUGUUACCAAAUUGGGUAAAUGAAUUCUCAGCAUGGGCUCCUAGCAUUGCAGCUGUUCUUUAUGAUGGGCGUCUAGAUGAGCGGAAGGCAUUGAGGGAAGAGAUAUCAGGAGAAGGGAAAUUCAAUGUGCUGAUCACCCACUAUGAUCUUAUUAUGAGAGAUAAAGCAUUUUUGAAGAAAAUUGACUGGCACUACAUGAUUGUUGAUGAAGGACAUCGGUUAAAAAAUCACGAGUGUGCCCUUGCAAGGACUCUUGUCUCAGGCUAUCAGAUUCAACGUAGACUUCUGUUAACUGGUACCCCGAUACAGAAUAGCUUACAGGAAUUAUGGUCCCUGCUUAAUUUUCUUCUUCCGAGCAUUUUUAAUUCAGUUACGAAUUUCGAGGAGUGGUUUAAUGCACCCUUUGCAGAUCGAUCUGAUGUUUCUCUUACAGAUGAAGAAGAGUUACUGAUCAUUCACCGGUUGCAUCAUGUUAUAAGGCCAUUCAUAUUGAGGAGGAAGAAAGAUGAGGUGGAAAAGUACCUUCCUGGGAAAACCCAGGUCAUAUUGAAAUGUGAUAUGUCAGCCUGGCAGAAAGCAUAUUAUCAUCAAGUAACAGACUUGGGCAGGGUUGGAUUGGAUACUGGAUCUGGGAAGUCAAAAAGUUUACAGAACCUGUCCAUGCAACUCAGAAAGUGUUGUAACCACCCAUACCUAUUUGUUGGAGAUUAUAAUAUCUGGCAGAAAAAGGAGGAGAUGGUCAGAGCAUCGGGGAAAUUUGAGCUACUUGAUCGUUUACUCCCAAAACUUCAGAAAGCAGGGCAUAGGGUGCUGCUUUUCUCACAGAUGACUCGCCUUAUGGACAUUCUAGAAAUCUAUCUACAAAUGAAUGAAAUCAAGUAUCUGAGACUGGAUGGUUCAACAAAGACCGAGGAAAGAGGGACCAAGCUAAAGCAAUUUAAUGCUCCAGACUCUCCUUUCUUCAUGUUUCUUUUGAGCACUCGUGCUGGAGGUCUUGGUCUGAACUUACAAACAGCAGACACUGUGAUAAUUUUUGACAGCGAUUGGAACCCUCAAAUGGACCAACAAGCAGAGGAUCGGGCCCAUCGUAUAGGGCAAAAGAAAGAGGUAAGAGUUUUUGUGUUGGUAAGUGUUGGAUCAAUUGAGGAGGUAAUCUUGGAGCGUGCAAAACAAAAGAUGGGCAUUGAUGCCAAGGUCAUCCAGGCAGGAUUGUUCAAUACAACUUCCACAGCUCAGGACAGAAGAGAAAUGUUAGAGGAGAUCAUGCGUAGAGGUACAAAUUCUCUUGGAGCAGAUGUUCCAAGUGAAAGAGAGAUCAACCGACUUGCAGCUCGAUCAGAUGAGGAGUUCUGGAUGUUUGAGAAGAUGGACGAAGAGAGAAGACAGAAGGAAAAUUACAGAUCUCGUCUGAUGGAAGAACAUGAGGUACCUGAAUGGGCAUAUUCCACAACUGAUGGCAAGGAAGAGAAAUCCAAAGGUUUUGAACAUGAUGCCAGCAAAAUUACAGGAAAGCGACGAAGAAAAGAGGUUGUUUAUGCUGAUUCACUUAGUGAUUUACAAUGGAUGAAAGCUGUUGAAAGUGGGGAAGACGUAUCAAGACUUUCAGUUAAGGGAAAGAGGAGGGAGCAUCUUCCUUCUGAGGCUAAUGAAUCGGAUAGUGAUAAAAUGGGGGGAGAACAAAAGGUCCUUGAAUUGAGAAGUGAAAAUGUGUCUAUGACAAGUGAAGGAACAAGUGAAGAUACUUUCAGCUUGGCCCCGAAGAGGUUGAAGUCUGAAGGGGCAAACUCUGAUCAGCGUACUGGAGGAGGCAGUUGGAAUGGGCAUAUCCCCACAUGGCAGACGCAUACAAGGAGGAGAUCAAGCUAUGUUGUCCAAAGUUCAUCUUCUGAUGCUAGGGGCCAGAAUUCUAACAGCAGAGGAAAUGGAUGGAGUUGAUGAAAAUCAGUCGGCAGAUGGACCAAAGCAAUCAAGUGAUUAAUUUAUCCUAUUUGACAUUGAGCCUUAUUUUUGUAUCUUUAGUGAACUGACUUUUCUUGCCUGGGGCUUUUUCUGUGGCCUGGGUUGAUUAACUGUCUCCUCAGUCCUCAGUGCAGCAAAUGUCAAAAUGAUCUUCUGUCUGCUGGUCAUCCCGAUAAUGUUCAUUUCCCAAUUUAUAAAAUGCACUUCUUUUUUCUUAUUCA